AUGACAGACUUCCACAUGAAAAACCUGCUGAUGACUGUUCUGAACCUUUUCUUUGGUGGGACUGAAACUGUGAGCACCACUCUACGGCACGGGUUCCUCAUACUUCUAAAAUAUCCCGAGAUAGAAGGUGCAAACCAAAAUGAGCCUUCACUGGGAGAUUUAAUUCAAGGACAUUAAUACAUCUAAGACGUUUCAGUGAAAAAAAAACUCAAAUGAGAAUUACCAACUAGUGUUAUCAUUCGACAGUAGAGUAUAAGUUCCACAAUCACUCACAGGUUUGGAAAUAAAACAACCUUUACUUGUUGCUUUACAGCCAAGUUGCAUGAAGAAAUAGACCAUGUGAUUGGACAGAACCGCAGCCCAACCAUGGAGGAUCGGAGCCAAAUGCCGUAUACCGAUGCUGUGAUCCAUGAAAUCCAGAGAUUUAGUGAUGUUUUCCCGAUUAAUGUUCCUCACUCGGUCACACAAGAUACUAAGUUCAGAGGAUACGAUAUACCCAAGGUAUGGAGAGAAAAACACUCGACCGUCUAUAGAAUGUCAGAUUAUUACUUUCAUCAUAGAUAAUUGUAUUUACACAUUAUACUACCUACUCAAACUUUCCACUCAUCCUCUAACCAUUGGGGAAUGAAUAUUAUUAAGUUCUAGAGAGUAGUAUUUUACCCCUGCAUUAAUGUGCAUUAGACCUCCAGAGUAAGAGUAGCAAGUAAACUUUUGGAUCUGUCUGUAGAGCAGGACUUGACAUUUUGAGAUUUAAACUCUAGUAAACGUCUGUACUUAUAUAGUGAAGGUAUUUACCCAUCUCUGAAUCCAGCCAAGUAAGACAUUGUAACUGCACACACAUUCCAGGCAUGUUCGUUGGUAUAUUAGCUACCUUGGCAAACACUGUGUUUACAGAAAAUUAUUUGUGAAUUGAACAGGUUUCAUCAUGCCAUCCCACCCUUAAAAUAUUUUAAUAUUUCAACUAUUUGUGUUGGUAUUUGCAAAUUAUAAAUCAAAGUCAAACAGCAGCAUCUGAGGAGAUGCACUUAGAAUUCUGCGUAAAGUCAAUUCGCACACGCAAGAACAUUUUUGUUUUGUAUUUGUGUGAAUAUAACAGCACUGAUAGAACUAAUGAGAAGAAAACUCAAAACAAAUGAGGGCAAAUGAUGGUUGCACCAACUCUAACAAUUGUCCACAAAAAUUUGACUGUGCAUUAACUUAUUCCCACCUCCUCGAUAUUAAUGCAACGAGUAACUAUGUAUAUGUCUGCUCAAAAUUCUAAAUACACAUAGGUGAAAGUUUAUAUUUAAAGAUCAGUCUGGGCACCUGCCAAUAAUAUCCUCAAGGCUGACUUAGUAUUUUAUUCAUCUUAUAUGAUUAUAUUUUUCCCACAGCAUGUCCCUGUUCACAGUAUUUAUUAUUUUUCUCCUCUCUUAUCAUCCAUCCCACCCCAACAGGGCACUGACGUUUACCCAUUACUUUGUACCGUUCUUCGAGACCCCAAACAGUUCGCCACUCCCAACAAGUUCAACCCGAACCACUUUCUGGAUGAACGUGGGCACUUCAAGAACAACGAGGCUUCCAUGCCAUUCUCUACAGGUAACGGCCAAAUAAUGUAACUACAUAAUAAUAAAAUAAAUAGUAUAAAAUAAUAAUACUUACAUUAUAAGAACAUAAAAACAUAAGACUUUAACUUUUAUUAUCAACUCCAUAUCCUUCCAAAAGGUUACACCAGCAAUAACACAAAACAUAAUGUCAAUAUGUACAUAGAAUAAUUAAAUAACAAGAUUAAACAAGACUUUGAAUACACACGAUAUGCUAAGCUCUUCACUACAAACUAGAGUAUUAAACUCAGAGAAUUGUAAUAUGAAAAAUUGAUUUGAAAGCAAAUAUUAUUGUCAACAUUUUGUGCACUUUCUAAAGAAAAAAACAUAUACACCAGAAAGAUAAAUUAUAUUGUCAAUUGUGUGAUAGAAUAACAAGCAAGAUUUUAAAAAUAAUGCUUUGAUUUUCACGACCUUAAUAUUAGUUUAAAGGACCACUAUAGUGCCAGGAAAACAUACUCGUUUUCCUGCCACUACAGUGCCCUGAGGGUGCCCCCACCCUCAGGGAACCCCUCCCGUCUGGCUCUGGGGAGAGGAAAGGGUUAAAAUUUGCCUUUUUUUUUUCCAGCGCUGGGUGGGGAUCUCUCUUCCUCCUCUCCGCCUCCGAUCCUCCUCUUUGGCUGAAUGCGCAUGCGCGGCAUGAGCUGUGCGCGCAUUCAGCCAGUCUCAUAGGAAAGCAUUUCCAAUGCUUUCCUAUGGACGCUUGCGUCUUCUCACUGUGAUUUUCACAGUGAGAAGCACGCAAACGCCUCUAGUGGCUGUCAAUGAGACAGCCACUAGAGGAUUUGGAGGCUAGAUUAACCCAUUUAUAAACAUAGCAGUUUCCCUGAAACUGCUAUGUUUAUAUAAAAAAGGGGUUAAUCCUAGAGGGACCUGGCACCCAGACCACUUCAUUAAGCUGAAGUGGUCUGGGUGCCUAGAGUGGUCCUUUAAGAAUACUAGGGAAUGGUGCCUAUCCCUUCCUCAAUCCAUUGGUCCAAACUCCAUAAUAAGACAACUAGGCGAUGCACAAUACCAGUCCUCAUGAGGCCAGAGAGAAAUCCCCAUCCUUCUGUUAAUGAUACUGAAGGAAACUCAGUUUACCCCCCCUUACCAAAAAGAGGACACACAGAUACUCAAUACACUUAAUUCCUAUGAGUUUCGAGGUACUAUUCCACCAAAACCCCCAACAUUUAAAUUACUCACUUCGCUCACCUCACCAGUAAUAAAGAUUAGGGAGGAAUGGGGGGGGGGGAGGGUGGCGCAAUAUAAAACAAGAACACUGUAGCUAGAAUAUAUGUCAUACUUAUCUAUCAAAGUCUGGCUUAAAGAUCUUCUAUUUUCUUUUACUAUACAAAAAGAAUAUUGUAACCUAAAGCAACUCUAAUGAAAACAAAAUAUAAACCAAUUGCAAAAAAAAAGGAAUUGGGAAAAUGUAAAAAUGUAUUCAAAUUCUUGAGGGUUCAAACUUUAUAUAGUCAUAAAACCUGACUUAAUAAGAUUUUAUAAGGAAUUCUAAUGACCACAUUGCCCUCUAUAUUCCAAAUGAGAGUGGGAGGGAGGAGGGGGAGGGAAACAUUGCUGGUAUUUUAUCUACUUCUUCUAUGGGACCACAAGUUUUAAAAAUAUUUUUUUUUUUGGGUGUUUUUUUUCUAAUUUGAUUAUUGUUAUUGUUUUUGUAAUUUUAGAACCACAGUGCAUUGCUCUAGUCAAUGAGUAGCACUGACAGGGUUAAAUGAAACAUCGCUAAAUAAAAAAUAGCUAAAAUUAAAAAUGGUUCAUUGGAAGAUAGACAGACAGAACAGAAACAGACAGACAUUUUUUCUUCUGUGUUCAGAUUAUUAAAUGCCCAUUAUUGUAUUAUUUUCUUUCUCCAGGGAAGCGGAUCUGCCUGGGGGAGGGUUUAGCACGGAUGGAGCUCUUCCUCUUCCUGACCACCAUCUUGCAGAACUUCAAACUGUCCUCAAAAACACAAUUCACUGAGUCUGACAUCAGCCCUAAAAUGAAUGGAUUCACAAAUUACCCAGUUCCGUAUCAGCUCUCAUUCAUUCCCCGUUAG